AUGAGCCACAUGAUCCCCUCCGGACCAUACAAGAUCAGGAAUGUCUUGUAUGUAGACCGCUACGUCCACAUGUCAGGAAACAAGGAGUUCGUCGGCCACGACGUUGCUCAAAUCAUUCAAGUUGAUGUCAAGGACGUGGUUCAGCAUCUUGCGACUCUCUAUGAUACUGAGACAAACUUGUACCUCGGAAUCGACCAGAUUGACGGCAAAGUCAAAGGCUUCACCGAUCCCCAGGUACUCCAGUUGUCCACCGAGGACGGCGUCAAAUUUGAGAUCCAUCCAAAGGACGUGGACGACGUGUGGUAUCUCAAAGAUGGCGGAAACUGGACCUUUAUCACUGUUCAGGCAGCUCCUGCCUCGGAGGCGAAGUACUGGACGUUCGGAAAGGCGAAAUAA